UAUUACAACAUGUUCAGGCGCCGAUUCCCUGACCCGGAAGUAGCUCGAUCCACGCUGUGCUGGAAGAAUCGUUGGACAAACGAAAGGACCCAGUGAAGACGAGCGGGAUAUACGAUCUAAGAAAAGUGUUUUUAUAAAUCAGAAAUCAUGAGUCUGUUAACAAAACCCAAAUCGGAGAUGACUCCAGAGGAGCUCCAGAAACGAGAGGAGGAGGAGUUCAACACUGGUCCCCUGUCUGUGCUCACGCAGUCAGUGAAGAACAACACUCAGGUCCUCAUCAACUGUCGCAACAACAAGAAACUGCUUGGAAGAGUCAAGGCUUUUGACAGACACUGCAACAUGGUCUUAGAGAAUGUGAAGGAGAUGUGGACAGAAGUUCCCAAGAGUGGGAAGGGAAAGAAGAAGUCUAAGCCGGUGAACAAGGACCGCUACAUUUCUAAAAUGUUCCUGAGGGGCGACUCUGUCAUCAUCGUGCUGAGGAAUCCUCUGAUCACAGGGAAAUGAACUCUUCUACGUCUUUCUUUUGGUUUGUUUUCUAAAUGAUUGAAAGGCUGUGGCAGUGGACAACCAUAAUUGGAGACUUCUUUUGUUUUUGUUUUUUCGUGUUGUUGUGGACACUGCAUUCACUAUAGGGUAAAAAUAGUGUCAAAAUGAUGUCUGUACUUUUUGGAGAGCCAUUCAGGCACAAGAAUACCUGGUUUUGCAUCGUCUUCUGUAUUUUUCAUUUUAAUAAUAAAAGUGAUGACUAGGUUGAA